AUGUCCGCCUCUGCAGGUGGUUCCUCGAAAAGGGCUGGGACAGCAGAGCAUAAGGAACUGGCAUCCGCCCUCUAUGCUCGAUGUCUUUCCAAUUUCCCGCCCGACCAUUUAUUCUACCAGCAAGAUCUGGUCGGUCUGGGUAUUAUCCCCAAUAAUGACCUUUCCUUGUUGAUGAAAUGCGCCCAAUCACUCGUGGAUCAGAGCUUGAUGCGUAUGCUCUAUGGAAACGACGACCGUCUUGCUUGGAAAAUCAUUGCGCAAUCAGAUGCUGAAAAACUCCAAAACCUCAAUGCCGAAGAACGUCUUAUAUACAGUGUGGUCGAAUCAACGGGCCGUAGCGGCGUUUGGACACGAACUAUCAAAUCGCGGACGAAUCUCCAUCAGACAAUUGUGAACCGAUGCCUCAAAUCGCUCGAGACGAAAAACUACAUUAAAUCUGUCCGCAAUGUUAAAUAUCCGCAAAGGAAAAUGUACAUGCUGUCUGGCCUGCAACCAAGCGAAGAUGUCACAGGCGGCGCGUGGUUCACAGAUGGAGUUCUCGAUUCUGAUUUCAUCCGUGGGUUAGGAGGCUGGAUUGAACACUGGGUGAGCUCGCGGAGCUGGUACGACCGCGGCGCAGCAGAACGUAAGGCCAAGAGACAAAAGAUUCGUCCAGAUAAUAAUACGAAGGGGGAACCCCAAUAUCUACCCUAUCUCCCGUCAUACAACGGAUACCCUACCGUUAGCGAUAUCACCAACGCCAUCAACAACUCCGGCCUGACUCCGGUCACGAUGGGCGAAUCUAGCAUUGCACAGCUACUCGAAAUGCUCUGCUUUGAUGGGAAACUAAUUUCUCUCCGUGACGGGGCCGCCUAUAAAAGCGUAAAGAAACCCAACCAGAUAUCCCUGCAGCGCGACCUGGGCCUACAAACCGGCGACCAAACCGACCAGGACAAGGCAGAUCAGGAUAACCUUACGCUUGGCGGAAACGGCAUGACGGAGGCUCCCUGCGGACGAUGUCCUGUAUUCGCACUGUGUGAGGAAGGCGGGCCUGUCAAUGCAGAGAAUUGCGAAUACUUCGAUGCAUGGAUUAAGAAAUCUUUGGCGUUUUGA